GCUGUGUGUGCCCGCCGGAGCAGCCCCGGGUACCCCGCUGUGUGUGCCCGCCGGAGCAGCCCCGGGUACCCCGCUUUGUGUGCCCGCCGGAGCAGCCCUGCUCCGGGCUUCGGAGGCCGUGAGCCCGUCUGUGCAAGGUAAAAUACCAAGAGAGCAUGGCUCACCUGGGUGAACACAGAUGGACUCACGUGUUCCCUUUCCUGAUGGUGUCCCUGGUGUACUCCGCCGGUGCCGAAUACUCCAACUGCGGGGAGAACGAGUACUACAACCAGACCACCGGCAUGUGCCAGGACUGCCCCAAGUGCGAGCCGGGUGAAGAGCCUUACAUGACGUGUGGCUACGGCACCAAAGAUGAGGACUACAGCUGCGUGCCCUGCCCUUCGGAGAAGUUUUCCAAAGGAGGGUACCAGAUAUGCAGGCGGCACAAGGACUGCGAGGGCUUUUUUCGAGCCACGGUCAUGACACCUGGGGAUCAGGAGAAUGAUGCAGAGUGUGGCCCUUGUCUCCCAGGUUACUACAUGCUGGAGAACAGACCUCGGAACAUCUACGGGAUGGUUUGCUACUCAUGCCUGCUGGCACCUCCCAACACCAAGGAAUGCGCAGGCACUAACUCUGGCAUUUCGGCUAUUUUCCCAAGCACCUCUGGCACAAGCACUUUCUCACCUUACCAGCACGCUCACAAAGCAGAUCUUUCAGGACAAGGACAUCUGGCUACAGCUCUUAUAAUUGCUAUGUCUACUAUCUUCAUAAUGGCUAUUGCCAUUGUCCUCAUCAUCAUGUUUUACAUUGUAAAAACAAAGCCAUCUGCUCAAGCCUGUUGCAAGAGCCACUCAGUAAAAAACGUCGAAGCUCAGGCUAACACACAAGAAGAGAAGAAAGAAGUGCAAGAUAAUGUUGUGAUAUUCUCCGAGAAAGAAGAGUUUGAAAAACUUACAGCAACUCCAGCUAAGCCUGUCAAAAGUGAAAAUGAUGCAUCUUCUGAGAAUGAACGACUUCUAAGCCGAAGUAUGGAUAGUGAUGAAGAAGCUGCAGUUGACAAGCAAGGGACUCCAGAGAGAUGCUUGUUAUCUUUAGUGCAUUUGGCCAGAGAUAAAUCUUCUACAAGCAAUAAAUCAACUGGGAUUCAAAGUCGAAGGAAGAAGAUACUUGACGUGUAUGCUAACGUAUGUGACGUGGCAGAAGGUCUGAGCCCCACGGAGCUGCCAUUUGACUGCCUGGAGAAGACCAGCCGAAUGCUCAGCUCCACCUACAACACAGAGAAAGCCAUAGUGAAAACGUGGCGUCACCUGGCCGAGAGCUUUGGCCUCAAGAGGGAUGAGAUUGGCGGGAUGACGGACGGCAUGCAGCUGUUUGACCGCAUCAGCACGGCGGGCUACAGCAUCCCAGAGCUGCUCACCAAACUGGUGCAAAUCGAGCGCCUGGAUGCUGUUGAAUCCUUGUGUGCAGACAUUCUGGAGUGGGCACAAGCAAUGCCGGCUCCUGAACCAGCAGGAACAUCCUGACACGCCUGCCUGGGGCCUGCGCUUCCACAUCAGAAGUGUGUUUCCAGUCAGCACUGCAUCAAAGACUUUAGACUAAAGACCACUGAUGCUUCUUCUACAUAAUUGCUCAUAAUGACCAAUGGAAGUUCUUCUCCUUGACUUCUAAAAGUGAAGUAACACAUCUACAAAACAAGAGCAGAAAUUUCCCAAGAAGCUUGGCAUGAACACAUCAUUAAACAAAAUGAUCGUGUUAAAAAGUUACUGAUAAUAAGCAGAGACACAAGCAUCCAUUUUACAGUCUGUGUAUGAGUAGAAGGGCAAAUAACCCUUCUGAUACCCUUCCUGCCUGGCCCUCAGGAAAGGCAUUGAGUAGCUCUCUGAAAAUAUUCGUGUCUCUUAGGGCUUCUUUCAAUGGUUCAAUGGUUUAACAGCUACAGUAUCAAUUAAUACACAUCAGGCACUUACAUUUCUAUCUGCUCCAACCAGUUUCAUUUUCUACACUUACUAUGGGUUUGUUGAAUCUUGAAGUAUGUGCAUUAUGUGCACAGGUGUAUAUGCACAGUCCCCAGAUUGACUAACCAUGCUACAUGGAAAAAGAGUCAACAUAACUUGCAGAUUGACGUGCAUCAAAACAAUCUACAUAAUAAUGCACGUAGAUGCACUCUUGGUCCAGGCUGACAUUUCAGAAAUUAUAAAUCCAAACUGCUGACUUGCUGAGGACAAGCUGGUUAGCAAGUGGGCAGUUACUCCUUACAAGUUGAGAACAAAAUCUUCUUUUCUUUACUGUUAAGAAAAAAGCAAAAUCAAAACCAGAUUGUCCAUUACCAUUAAAAAUAUACUUCUUUUCCAACAGUGACAUCUAUAUAUAAAAUUAUAUUCCAACCAGAGGAAUUCCAGACAACAGUAGUGCACAUGUGACACAAACAGCAAAAAGAGUAGAUUUCUUUAGAGACACUUGAAAUGAGGAGGAAAAAGUGUUUUUAAUGCCAUAUUCUUGUAAGCAUAGACCAUGAGUGCAGAAUCCACCAGUGACAUUAAACUCAUGUGGAAGGUAAUGCAUUAUUGUGAGUUUGUGAAGUACAAAAAUUGGUGUUCUUUUAACUAAUCUCUGUUUUUCACAGUUAAAAUUUAUCUAAAAUUCAUUCAGACCACAAGUCACUGUCUGUUACCAAACCUAUUUUCCUAAUUUAUAGCCAAGAAAGUGAUGAUGGAUUUCAUCAAGUGCAACUACUAAAUUAAGUGACAUUACAAAGUCCAUACAAAUGGACUAAAUUAAGUCCAUUACAAAGCAGUAUUUCUUAAAUUCCAAAGAGCACGACUGAACAAAAUGCUAUUAAAGUAUUUACUAGUACCCAGAAUUUAACAACCAGUAUUCCACCACUUAGUAACUAGAUCUUAUCUAUGAUAGUAUCAUAAUUGCGCAAAACAUUUAGCAUCACCCUUUAACACCUAUAUUUAGUAUCAUUUCAGCACUUGGUUUGUAUAUCAGAGGAAGUACAUACUGCAGCAUAAAACCUAUCCCUCUCAUUAUUCUUUUUCCACCCUUUCUUGCAUUCGUAACACACUCUUCAUUAACCCGUAUAUGCCAAAUUUGGUAAGAUUUUAACUCUUCUUUCAAUGAUGCAGCAAGCUGUGUUUAUUUGAAAUUUAACUAGUUGAUUGACAUUGAAUUUAGGUGUGAAAUUCUUGCUAUCUUGAAAUCAUGACAAAUUCAUAUAGAUUUCAACAGGCUUCAAUAAGAUUUCUAGAUCUGCUUACAGCUCAGCAAUCUUCAAUGUGAUUUUCAAGACCGUGAAUUUGCAGGUCUUACUAUUGCUACUAGAUUGAAAAAAAAAAAAAAAAAAGGAGAAAGAAAGAGAGCAUCAAGAUUCAAUUUUUCUUGUGCCAGUGUGUAACUACAGUGUUAUUCAGUAGACUGCCUCCUAUGUUUUAUGUGCUAUUUAAAACUACACAUCACGUAUUUGUUAAAAAGAAGAUACAGGAAUCUUUUUUAUGUUUAUUGGGCCAUGAAAAGUUAGGAGUUUGAAACGGAUGGUGCCAAUGCGAACACAGACUAUUUAACAUUAUUUUAUUUAGUAUACAGUAUUUUUAUUGUUAUACAAGAGACAUACGGGACUGAAAAAAGAAUUCUGUAUGUCUUGCCAAAGCUUACUUUCUAAUAACUUUGUUUAAUGCUGUAUAUAUAACUUAUUAUAUUGUAAAAUAUGAACAUAAAAUAUACUAAUAAAAGAAAGAGGUCAAACACAGUUGUAUUAGCCAUUUCUUUGAUUAAAUAGCACAUUGCCUUAUAAACCUGUAAUUA